AUGCGUCCUGCUCAAUCCUUAGUGCAACUGGCCCUGUGCCUGUCCACGUUUGGUUCCGUUGCUUCAGCGUCAGGCUGGCCACGAUGGCUACCUGAACUUGAUGCCCUCAUCGUGCGGGCGGAUAGCACUGACUCCAGUCAAGAACCCUCAGCUACACAAGAUCAAGCAUCUAAGACUACGCCAGCAGAUGCACCUGCCUCUACAACCGACGCUGGUAAUACCAAAUCCGGAGGCAAGACAACUGGUGACUUGAACACCGCAAAGCCCACAAAGAGUGGCAAGGCUGGCACUACUGGGAACAAGAAGGGCAACUCGACUCAUACGCAGUUCCCCCCUGAUGCCCCUCCCGCUGGCAUCAGUAUGCAAACACCAAACACUAAUCUGCAGCCCAGCGGACUAUACAAGAUUAGUGACUACGUUACCUGGUCUUGGAACUACACCUCUCUGCUUGGAACACCGACCGCCAUCGAUAUUCUUGUCAGCUGCUCUGUUGCAAGUGAAACUUGGACUCUGACCGGCAAUAUGUCCUUCGCAACCUCAGUAAAAUACGUUUGGGACACCAAACAACAGGCCAACGACGUCAAAAGCCCCCUGGGUGUUCAAACGUACACCCUGAUUGUGAAGGAUUCCGACGCUCAAAUCACUCAGGCCCCCGAACCUGGUUAUCUUGGUGCAUAUGCCAGCUACACAUUUGGCAUGUAUACUGGUCAGCCAUACACGGCUUAUCCUGAUUGGACAUGUCCUGGACAAUGCAGUACCGCUUCGGCACUGUUCGACCGUCACGCUGCUGGACUUGCUAUCGGCAUGAGCAUUGUGACAAUCCUGAGCUUUACGUGGUUUGUCGCUGGAUUAGGAUUGCAUUAA